CACCGCUGCGUCUGCCUUUUACCUAGUGUCGGAAAAAUUAUUUAAUUUACUAAGUACGUGCGAAUUGGGGACCAUUCACAGAACUGGGUUUUGCUAGGAUUCAUAUAUGUAGCCGGAUAGUGGGCAGGCGAGCCGCGAGGGCCUCAUUUGCAAAAAGGUUUUCCCUGCCCUGCAGAUAAAAACUGCGACGAAUGUAUUGCAAUGAAUUUGGCAGCUUGAUUUGGAAGCGAUGUUUCUAUUCAAUUGUGGCGCUUUUCUACGUUUACGAAUUGCAUUGUUUGUGUGGGCGUGUUGUGUGUGUGAAUUUAAGUGUUGUGAGAAAUAUUGCAUAUUUUUUGCAAGGCCGAUUUUUUUCCUCAUCUGUGCUUCUGAAAUUCAACUGAAAAGAUGGCAGCAGUAACAGAGCCCCUGACUCUCCAAAGAGAUGUGAAGAGGGCUAUAGAGCUUCUUGACAAACUUCAGAAAACGGGCGAGGUGCCGACGGCCAAGCUGGCCGCCCUGCAGAAGGUUCUGCAGUCGGACUUCUUCAAUGCCGUCCGCGACGUGUACGAACACGUGUACGAGACGGUCGACCUGUCCGGCUCGCCCGACGUGCGGGCUUCUGCCACGGCCAAGGCGACAGUGGCCGCGUUCGCCGCUUCGGAGGGCCACGCGCACCCUCGUGUCAUCCAGCUACCCAAGACCGACGAGGGUCUCGGCUUCAACGUCAUGGGCGGCAAGGAGCAGAACUCUCCCAUCUACAUCAGUCGGAUCAUCCCGGGCGGCGUGGCCGACCGGCACGGCGGGCUGAAGCGCGGCGACCAGCUGCUCUCGGUGAAUGGCGUCUCGGUGGAGGGCGAACACCACGAGAAGGCUGUGGAGCUGCUCAAAGCCGCCCAGCACACGGUGAAACUGGUGGUUCGCUACACGCCGCGCGUUCUCGAGGAGAUGGAGAUGCGUUUUGACAAGCAGCGCUCGGCUCGCAGGCGGCAGCAGUACUGAAUGCAGAGUCUGCAAACACCGCCACCACAUUCUGGCGUCGGUUGCUAACGAGAUGCAUCAUGUCCUCACUCUCUGGAGCACGUUCCCGUUUAUUGAGAGCCUUCUGGCAACUGCCGAUAGGAUAUGUGGGUCACAAUUUUCCCCGAGUGGCCACGCGGCUGUCAUCACUCCGAGACAGUUUGCGUGGUGGUCGCUAGUUUGAGUGGAGCUCCAGUAGGAAGAAGCUAGCUUACUCCGCGUGAGUGUACGCUCAGUUCUUGUGUUGUGCGGCUGUAGUAAGUGUGGUUUGAAUUUUGAACCCGAGAGCGAGGUGGAUCGUUGUCGCCUGGUCAAGGUGGUUUUGCGUUGUGACCCUAGUCGAGAAAAAGCUGCCGAAUUUCAUCUUGAUGUGCAGUGUGCUUGGUUGAUGAACCGUCUGGUUUCCCUAAUGUCUAUCUCGGUAGCGAGUUAAAGACAUGAUCUGAGGUAGAUAAUCUGCUAGAGCCGAAAUUUACCGCAUGAAAGAAAGGCCUACUCGUUUCACCUUACCCUUACGAGGGAACGUUUGGUGCAAUGUACCCUGUAGGUAGGCACUAGAUAGGGCGUCCUUAAGGUGUAUGUAUACCGAUGCUUGUUACAGAAGUAAUCGUGGCAGCUAGAAGCAUUUCUCCGGUGUGGUAACACGAGACUAGCCUAGGUUGUGAAUUCGCUCGGUCCUUAUGUGAGUGUUUUGGUUUGUUGUGCCCCAAUGGGUCGUUGAUGGCACCUUUUAGUGUAUCGAAGUUCGAACCGAGGGAGAACGUUAGGAGCGGAAAAGUGCGACUUGGAGGGUCGAUUAUGUUGUGCGAUGCCACACCAACGCUUUAUUCGAUUUGCUCAUAACCGUGUAUGUUUAAUUGUACUACGUGGUAGCAGAUGAGUGCGAGGUUCUCGUGGAUAGAGUGACAGCACAGGCUGUCCUUUUUCUUCUUUCCAGUAACCAAACCAAUGACUUAUCGAACACAGAACGGUGUCUGUUGGUCACCUAAACCGUUUUUAUUGCGUUAGUUGUUAAGUGCUUUUUUCCACUUUCGUCCGCCGGUGAUCAAAAUAUACAACUGGUCUCGAA